AAUUGUAUGAAAUAUGCUUACAGUAUUUAGAUGGGGGAGGGAAACUAUUCUCUCUCUAAUGGUCCCAUCUGUUUACUGUUAUCAAGGUUUCUCAGCCUUAAUGUGGCAAUGCUUGAAGAUAUCAAAGUGUGUGUGUGUAACGGUAGAAAGAGCACAGCACGGCAUAGUCUUAAUCUGUCCACAUACCAGCCACGGCCUGAUAUGGUGUGUGUUUGUGUGUGUGUGUGUGUGUCAGGAUCAUUUCAGGGGCGCUGAAAACUGACACGCAAACCCCCACCUCCCAAUGUGUCCUCUUUCUCACACACACACACACACACACACACACACACACACACACACAAACCGCUGUGGGUGGUGGCGAGGAGGCUGCGAACAAACAAACAGCGCUCACUACUUGUGCGGAAAAAAAAGAGGAAUAGAGCGAACAGUGGACGAGCGAGGGAGGAGGAAUAUUGGAGGAAGACAAAGAGAGAGAGAGAGAGGAGAACAGGCUGUGCCCUCGUGUCCCGUCCGGCCAGAUUUAGUGUCGGUGUGUCCGUGUCACAGGAGCUGAAGAGCAGAGCUGCUUCGUUUCUCCUCUCCAGCUUCAAAACUCAAUGCUUUUCUGCUGACUUGUGUCAUGUUUGACCUCUUGACCUCAACUUCUGGAUGUUUGAUCUGUGGUUUUUCUCGCCGAGACUCUGGUUAUUAAAAGUUUCUCCGGGGGCAACACGCGAGCUCUAUUAACUGCCGCCAGCUGAUGCCGACAAAGUGAGUGAGUCGGGUAUUUCCAAAGCUGGUACUCGUCACGCAACUCAUUCAAGCUCAUCCUGAGGAGCGUGCACUGGAAGACGUGAUCAGAUUAGUUUGAUUUCAGUCAUUAAAACUGGACAAGCUCGAGGAGAUUCAGUGAAUGUGAUUGUGUGACUGAACCAGCAGACGAAGAAAAAAGCCCAGACACAGAAGAAGUGUCAACAGGCUGAACUUUCACCGACCGUAAUCAGCAGAUGCAGAGGAAGUGAUGUCCGGUGUCUCCAGGAGGAGGUGAAGUUUGGCGGCGAGGCCAUGUCACUGCCCGCCGACCUGAGCUCCCUGCGGGGCGGCGGGGCAGCAGAUCAUGAGGCGGCGCUGGUGACGCUGGAGAAACAGCUGAUCUGCCCCAUCUGCCUGGAGCUGUUCAACAAGCCGGUGGUCAUCCUGCCCUGCCAGCACAACCUGUGCCGCAAGUGUGCCAACGAACUCUACCAGCCCUCCCUGUUCCAGGCCCGGACCACCAUGUCGGUGAAUAGCGGCCGCUUCCGCUGUCCGUCCUGCAGACAGGAAGUGGUGCUGGAUCGCCACGGCGUCUACGGCCUUCAGCGAAACCUCCUGGUGGAAAACAUCAUCGACGCCUACAAACAGGAAGUCGGCAACAACAGCAGCAGCAACGCGGCAAGCCCCCUCCCUCCUCCUCCGCCUCCUGCUCAGCCGAAGUGUUCGGCCCACGAGGGCGAGAAGGUGAACAUCUUCUGUGUCACCUGUCAGGUUCCCACCUGUUCGCUGUGCAAAGUGUUCGGGGCUCACCGGUCCUGUCAGGUGGCUCCUCUGACGGACGUCUACCAGCAGCAGAAGGACGAGCUGAGCGAAGGCGUCGGGUCUCUGGUGGCGGUCAACGACAGAAUCCAGGCUUUCGUGGGCGAGCUGGAGGAGACCUGCAGAAGCAUAGAGGAGAACUGUAAGGCCCAGAAGCAGAGUGUGUGCGAUAAGUUCGACCGAAUGAUCUCCAUCCUGGGAGAGAGACACAAGGCGAUGAAACAGCAGAUCAGCUCCGAGCAGGAGGACAAGUCAGGCCGCGCCCAGGCGUGGCUGCGUUGCUACGGAGACAGUGUGGAGGCCAACGACAAGCUGAUGGAGAGGGCAGUGAGCAGCAUGGAGGAGCCGGACAUGGCUGCUUUUGUCCAGAAUUCAAGAGAGCUCAUCACAAAGGUGUUGGCGGCGACCAGCUCCUGCCCGACUGAGACGCCGAAACCAGCUUACGAGAGCAUGAGGCCUUACAAAUGUGACUUCAGCCGACAGGAGAGCGCUCUGAAGAGCAUAGACUUUGUCAAAGUUGUGGAGGAUGUUGCCCAAGAGCCGGAUGUGGAACCAGAGCCAGAAGAGCCCAAAGAGCUUUCUGCCCAGAACACUGAACCAACGCGCCGCCAGGAAACCGCCAUGCAGAUCCCGGAAACUGAAGCAGAACCGGUCCCAGAGACAAUCCCGCCACUGAUGUCGCCAGCAGGGGAACCAGCACCAGCACCAGCACCAGUUCUGAUCCCAGCAGCUUCAGCUCCACAACUGCCGAGCGACCCCGAGGAGCCUGCAGGGGCCGACGUGCAGCCGGAGACUGACGCCGCGGCCUCGAGCGAUGAAGGAUCGGGUGGGAUUACGAACAAGAAGGAGGAGGAGAAAGAUGGGGCCGAGGAAUGUGCAGCUCCCGACUCCAUUAAAGAGACAAACAUCUGUGACCAGGAGGAGGGAAUGAGCACACAGCAGCGUGAGGGGGGAGGGGCAGACAGUGGCGCAGGUGAUUGGACGGCACGGAGAGAGACGGAGGGAGAACAAGACGCUCGGGAGGAUGAAGAAGAAGAAGAAGACAUCCAGGUGGAGGAGGGAGCAGACGCUCGGUGUCGUCCCAGCCGGUACAAUCAGGGGGCGAAACAGAUGAUGUGCUCCACACAACCAGCUGGCGUUUCCCUCUCGGAGGCGAGGACCCGGGCUGAGGCGCACGACGCAGGCCAGGCCGCGUUUGACCCCCAGGGCCAACCUCAACCUCCACGUGGUCCGGACUCCCAGCUUCUGUCUGAGGCUCAGACUCAGAUCCAAGAGCGUGACACGUCUCAGCCGCAGACGCAGCAGACAGCAGGAGAAGCUGGAAUGAUCCAGGGGGAGAUCGGGGAGGGGGACAUGCAGGGAUGGGAGUGUCUACCCGAGACCGUGGAUCCACGUUUCAGUCUGGUGGAGGGUAGUUUGAAUCUCGGAGGUGGUAGAUCAGACAAUUUCUCUUCUGGUGAUGGUGAUUACAAUAAUAGGAAUGCUUUAUUGUCCAUACCACCAGAGGAGACUUGCUCAGGGAUGGAUAAAGACAACUUUAGGCUCAGAGGUGGAAGGGUUGUGGAUGCAGAAGAGAAAGAGAAGCACGGAGAAGAGGAUCUAGGCCUCAUUGGUGCUUCGGAGCUGACAGAGAGGGGAGAGGGUCGUUCUGAGGCCGAGAUGAUGGAAGAGGGAAGCGCUCGGCUGGAUGAAAGACGUGAGGAGGUGCCGGGGGACGUUGAAGUCGCGACGGAGGACGUGUCUGAGGUGAUAAGUGACAACACCCUGGGCGUGGGAGUGGAUCGCGGGGCGGGGAGCACACACAUCUCGAUGCAGGACGAAGGUGCGGGUGCAGAGUUUGAGGCAGGUCGCUCAGUGUUUGCAGGAAGAGAACAGGAGGAAGGAGAGAACAGCGAGCGGCCUGAGGACUUUAAAGCCCAAACGGAAACAAGUGCCGCUGAAAGUGAUGAGAAAAUAACCUCCUGUCUUUCCCUCCAGACAGAGACUGAGACCAGGAGUCUGGCUGAGACCGGUCCUCCCCUCUCCUCCUCCUCUUCCUCCUCUUCCUCCUCCUUCCCCCUCAGCGAGGCUCCUCGUCGGCCCAGUUUCUACUUCUCCUGGCUAAACCCCAUCCACAAGAGGAAGUAGUGGUGAGAGAGAAGCGUCUGGAGAGGAUGAAGUUAAAGAAAGAUGCACUUCGCUCCAGAGUCAGUUUCGCCAGCUCAGCGCUGCUCUGGGACUGGAAACAAGCUUAACCAUGUGAAUCUCAGAACCUGAAGGUACUUCAGAGAUACUGUUCUUUAACUAUCACUGUUUUGCUCUAAUAAUUCGUCCAGUUCAAAAAACAUUAGCACAUCUGUGUUGUGCGGACAAGGGGAUGUUAUAUUUUGAUAAUCUACUGGGAAUGAGUUGAGAGGUUUUUUUCUUUGAUAGAAGAAGUAAUAGUUUAAGCAGUUGCAAAAGUUGUACGAGUAUGACUUUUUUUACUUGUAGUACUUGGAACAGCAGCAGUGUAGAAGGGAUAGAAGCAGUGAUUUGGUUUACUGUAUUAGUCUGUUACUUUAAAUGUAGUAGCAGGACUUUUUAAAAGUUUUUCUUAUUGGGGUGAUGAGAGUCGCAGUUUGACGUGGUGAUGUCUGACGAGAGAUGAGAUGCAUUGUGGUUUUUUGCUUGUUACUGCAAAUGUUUUAUGUAGUUUCCUUUUUUUCCGAAAAGUCAGCACUCAUUGCAGGAACUUUCUGUGUGUAUGGGUUAAAACUAUGUUAAAGCACUUGUUUUGUGUAUUUUUAAAAAAGAUCUUAAGUGAUAGAUUAUGGAUUUAUUUGAUAUAUUAGUAGAUUAAAUAAAUUUGAUUUUUGUCA